AAUAAGUAUUAUUAUUAUACAGGUGCCGACUAUUUACUGAACACUUACUUUUUGUGGGAUCAGGUCCUGGGGAAGUGCAAUACUGUAAGCCCCCGUUUUGCUGAGCGGGCGUUUAAUAACAUUUGGACCAGCAGAGACGGACACCUGUGGCUUUGUGAUUGGAUUGAACCGUCUCUCCCCCUCCUCCCUGCUCGCGAUAAUGCCCAAGCAUCGGGUUUGUUGUUCGCUCUCAGGCGGGUUUGUGAAAGGUUUGGUCUCCGCUGCCUGUAAUCGGAUCUGACUGCGCGGCGCAAAGAGGACACGAGAGGUCAUUAUAGCAGAAACCAGGAAGUCAGCAUGAACACUCUGUCCACUGACAGGAAGCCUCUUGUGGAUUACGGCGUCCAGAUCCGCUUCAUCAAGGACCUCCACGACACAGGCGGAGGUUAUCCUGAGAAAUCCAGAGGGAACAACAGCGCAACCCCUCCUUCCAAUAAGUACGGGGUGGCAGUGCACGUUCAGGGAAUCUCCGGACAGCCCUAUGUGGUCCUGAAAGAUGGCGAGAAGGGGGACUCUUAUGGAGUUCAGCUGAACAGCCCCAGCCCCAGUUCAGAGCUACCUUCACCAAGCAACAUACUCCCCAAAACAAAUAAAGGACCAGCAGAAUCAGCAAACCCUUUUAGCCCUGCUGCAAAUACAGCACGCUCCCCAGCAGACGAUGAGGUCAGGGAGAUUUUUGGGAGCCCCCAUAAAAGACCUCCAGGGGACGGUCAAGCAGGAACACAAGGGGAUGAGGAGAGUGGAGCUGGCAGAAAAGCUGAACCCCAACACAAAGCAACUGCCCGCGAAGCAGAGAGAAACAGAGAUAGGACUAGUAAUGAGGGGUAUAACGAAGCAGGCCUGAAGCCUGUCAAAUUCAACGGUACGGGACCCAGAGGGUUCAAGCAAACUAGCUCUGGUUACACCGGCUCUUUGGGAAGACGCAGUGGGAGGGGGAUAAGCACAGAGUCCCCUUCGGAGUCUCUCCCAAAACCUCCAGCAUCAACUAUUGUGGAACCCAUCCCAGAAAUUGACACCAACUCCCUGGCUCCCAUCAACAAGCUCAUCAGUAAGUUCAACACCGGGACGCCAGCCGGCGCCCCACAGACGAGAGGCCGCUCCGGAGCGAGGCAGAGGCUUAGGUUUGACGAGCACCGGCGGUCAAGAAGCCUUGAUGCGAGAAAAGAUGUCAAGGCCGAGAUUCCCUCUCCUAGCUCUCCGACACCGAAUCCCUACGCUGUUCCCCUGUCUACAUCCUCCAAGUUGUUGGCUGCAUCUGUCCCAGCGAGCAGUAGCCUGGGUAGCAGCCCUGCAUCUGUUUCCAGGGUGACGGCGCUCGAGGCCGCCCAGCCGAGCUUCAAGUCACCGGGGAAGUUUGUUGCAAAGGACAACCAUCCAGCUGUAGCCAACAAGCCUGAGAUCACUCCGAGGAAUCAAAGCGAAGUCAACGGGGAGGAAGCUCAAGUGAAGCAACCUGUUUACAACGUUCUUAAAAAUGGCACCAGUGAGAGUGACAGAUACCUCAAAAGAAACAUCAACCUCGUCUCUGAGACAAAUGGCAGUUUUAAGAAAGGAGGAUCUGAUGGAAGCCUCCAAAAGGGGAAACUUGAGGAGCUUCAGGAGCAACUCACUCGCUGCAAGAAUGAACUGCAGCAAGUGCAGGAUGAACUGGCUGAGGAGCGGAUGGCCAGAGUGGGGGCGGACUCUCGUCUGCGCCUACAGGAAGAUCAGCUGGCUGAGCUUCAGGAGGAGCUGAGGAGGGUCUCAGAAAACUCGCUUCACUCAGUGCAGACGAACGUGAUGACUCUGCAGGCCGACCUGGCUGAGGCUGCCAUGUUGCGUCGGCGCCAGGAGGAGGUUCUACACCAGCGGGAGCGGGAGCUGACGGCCCUGAAGGGGGCGCUAAAGGAGGAGGUGGAGUGCCAUGACAGGGAGAUGGAGACCCUGAGGGAGCAGUACAGCCAGGACAUGGACAACCUAAGAACAACCAUGGAGCAGUUCACACAGUCUCAGGAGCAGAUAGAAGAGGAGCGCGAGAGGGUGAAUGCCUCCAUGUUGACUCUGCAGGAAGAACUGGAGGGCUGCAGAGAUGAAGAAGAGCAGUGGAAGACGCAGCUGGACGCCACCGUACAGGAGCUGCACAACAGCAGAGAAGACAGCGGGACGCACGCCACCAGCAGUCAAAUGCUGCUGAAAUCUCGUUUGCAGAGGGAUGAAUAUGAGGGCGAGCUGAAAGAUCGUAAGGACUUACUGCUCAGCGCGCAGAAACAAACGCCUGCGUCUGCCGAUAACUUGUCUUUAGCCGAGGAGCUUCGGCGUUGCCAUGAUGAUCUGAAGAGGGCUCGCGCUGAUCUGGACAAACAAAAGGGCGAGUUGGACGAGAAGAGAGAGACACUUCGAACCCUCAAGAAAGCAAGUGGAGAGAAAGAGGCUGAGCUUCUGUCUGAGAUCAGCAGGUUGAAGGUGGAGUCGCAGAAAGACAAGGCCGAGCUGGAAAAGGAGCUCGAGAAGGCAAAGGAGUCAUCAGUCGGGUCUUCAGGAAAGACUGUGGUGGACCACGGCGCCAACCUGGAGCUCCAGGAAGCAAACACUCGCCUCAGGGAGAGGCUGGCCCGCAUGACGAGGCUUCACUCCAGCGCGCCCCGGAGCCCAGAGACUGAGGAGGCGGUGGAAGCUCUGGAGGAUGAGAACCGCUCCCUGAAGACUCAGCUGGAGGAGGCCAAGAGAGGAGUCACCCGCCUGAGCAAGGAGAAGGACGAGCUGGCCCGGCGGCUGGAGGAGAGGGACCUGGAGAGGGAGGCGCUGAGGAGGGGCAAGAGUGACCUGGAGGAGCAGAAGAGGCUGCUUGACCGAGCCCUGGAGAAGAUGAACAAAGAGAUGGAGAUAAUGAUGGGAGAUUCCCGUCAGUCAGUUGCCACCCUUCAGACGCAACUUGAAGACUACAGGGAGCGCUCGAGAAAGGACAUGCUAGAAGCCCAGCGCAACUACAAAGACCGGCUGGUGGAGCUGCAGAGGGCUCAGAACAUCCUCAAGGCCCAGCAGGAAGAGGUUUCCCGUCUGAAGAAGGAGCUGCUGGUGUGCAGCGAGGAGAGAGACAGCGCCCAGUUGGAGAGAGACCUCUUCAGCAACCGUCUCAAACACUUGGACAGCGAACUAGAAUCAGAGAAGAGCACCCACACCGACCGCUCCAGGGAGAUCAGGGGCCUGGAGGAUAAGAUUAAGACCACGGAGAUCGAACUGGAUGAGGAGAGGAGCAGCGUGGAGCUUCUGAACGAACGCAUCACGCGUACCAGAGAUCAGGUGGACCAGCUUCGCUCCGAGCUGAUGCAGGAGCGUUCAGCGAGACACGACCUUGAAAUGGACAAGAGCGCACUUGAGAGACAGAUAAAGGAGUUGAAGUCCCGCGUGGUGGACAUGGAGGGACACACUCGGCCCUCGCCUGCACUCAACCUGCUGGAAAACAAAAUUCAAGAGUUGGAGGAGAUGCUACACAGUGAAGAAAGAGAGAAGGCCAGUAUCCAGGCCUCUCUGAGACGAAUGGAGAGGAAACUGAAAGAGCUAAAUGCCACGUUAGACCAGGAGAGAAGCCAGCAUGUUGAGCAGAGAGAUCAGCUGACCCUGCGCGUGAAGGCCUUGAAGCGGCAGGUGGACGAGAGUGAGGGAGAGGUGGAGCGCUUGGAGGGAGUCCGCCGGAAGGUUCUCAGGGACUUGGAAGAGCAGCAGGAGCUCCAGGAGGUGAUGCACGCCAAAGUCACAGCCCUGGAGACUGAACUAAAGCGGAAGUCACAGCACACGCAUCGUGCAGCUCUGGGCUCCUCCACUUUAAGCUCCGAGGACGAGGAGGGUUUCUAUGACACCAACAUCUCCUCCAUCCUGAACGAGACCACCAACUGCUAAAAGGAAGACGAAUAAAAGGAUUUCUUUCAUUUCUCCAGUGCUUGUAAGAUUCUUAUGAAAGAGAGGCACUCAGGGCGUCAUGGACUCGCUUGCGUGGAGAACUCGGUUGCCAUGCACUACAAACUUGCCUUGCAGUUGUUCUUCGGUUUUAUUUUUAGUACAGCGGUCCAACAGAGAAAGGUUGUCAGGAUAAUUAGGUUGCUUCUUUUUUUUUUUUCAGCUGUGAUUGUGAUUGCUUCACUGCUGUCAUGUUUUAUCUGUCUUGAGAUAUUCCGUUUGUCUGUGAUGCUGAGGAGAAGAAUUCCAGUUACACAUCCAAAUACAAGGUUUGAUUUCAUUUACUUCAACUUGAAUCGUUUCAAAAAAGGCUCUUUGCUGCGUGUUCUUUGCAUUGACUGUGGUAGCACAUUACUGUGGCAUGGUUUACGUUCAUACAGUAGACUCGCAUAUUCAAACCAAAAAUAUUCUGUUAUCUUAUCCAGUCUUUUAUGUGUUUGCUUGCACAUGAUAAGUUACAUCUGUCAGUGUUGUCAGCAUCUCAAAGUGUUUCUUUGUGUAUUGAGAGUGAUAUUAAUCUUCUUCUUUUUUUACCUUUGAAUGUGACAAUGACAGGCCAUUUAAACUGAGCCUUUUAUUUCUACACUGUAUUAGCUGUGCAUACCUGCUACUCAAGACAAUCGAAUACACCUCUCCCUAUACACUUUUCUACUUUAACCACCUCAUUGAUGACGUGGUUUGAUAUAUAUUCCUAACCUUGAUUCACGUGCAUGUUUUUACUCGGAUGCCUUAAAAAGUAGCCUCAUAUCUUUAUGUUCACUUCAUGUUUCCGCAUGUGUUCUGUUUAUAUGCUGCUGCUGCUGUAAUGCUUUGAAUCGUGUUUCCUUUGCUCGCCUGUGUUUGUGUCUCCUGUACAUUCCUGUCGAAAGAAUCCUCAGCUGAGUCUUGGAGGUGUUCCACAUUUCUCUUUGUUGCACCUGUCUGGGAUGAUUGGUAUUUCCUACUGACAUUUUGACGGCGUCGUUACAUUUGUAACAUGCCACUUUUCAAUUUGUAUGGGGGUGAAUACAGGCAAGGAUGCUAUGAAAUGUAGAAUAUGUUUGUUAAGCUGCUGGUGACGUUUUUGAUGAAUAUUUUAAGUACAUUUUUAACCGUGUGUGCAAUUAAAAGAGGUAUACGUAUUGUA